CAAUGUUUUGGAAAUCUCUAUUGAUGUUACUAACUGGCACACUAUUUUGUUCUAUGUUUAAAAUCUUUAUUGGUUUGUCAGCUACUCACAAUAAACAAUAUCCCACUUUUGUUAAUAGUGGUUUCACUGAAAUAUACAUUUGUGUUACUAAAAUAUUUUUCAUUGUGCUACAUUUCUCAUAGAUAUUGUAAAAUGUGCUAUUAAAAUAAACAUGUAUUGCGAACACUACUGUAAAUUGCUCUGUAUAUGCUGGAUUACCGCAGCAGUAAAUUAUAGUUGCCUUAAGUGUUUCAUACAUCACACAGUGCAGAGAUUUUUAACAGUGAAAUUCUGCGAGAGAACAAGUAGUCUACAUGCAUGUCAGCCUAAUAUUAGGUAUGAUAAAUGUCAAGCCCUUGUCUACAGUAGCUCAUAGCAUUAAUUUAGCGAUGUAGGAGAAGCCAGGCCUAGCCAGCCAAAAGAAAUGUGAUUUACUGUGCUGGAUGUACAUCUCGACACUUGUCAGUAAUCCAGUUCAAUACAUUUGUGGUUUGCAUCUGUUUUAGCUUGUUAACCAUGAGAAGACAUUUCAGCAUUUAUUAUCAACCACACAACACAACACAAGUUAAAAUCAGGCUUUUUUAUGUUUGAUGAUGAUGAAUUGACAGUCUUGUGAUGAAUGCAGUUGAUCUAUAUCUCUUGUGUCAGUGUGUACCAAUGAAUGUUCACACGUGUGUGUGAACUGUGAACUUGAGCGCAGGUCUGUGUGCGUCUUUAGUGUUGCCUGAAUCUUUGUGUGUGUGUAUGUUGUGAACAUAAAGCCUCUUUCUCUCUGUGGGUUUGGUCGAAGACCUCUUCCUCCCCUCUUGUCUGACUAUGGUCAGGUUGCAGUGAAGGUGUGAAUGUAGCACCUGUGUGCUGCAAUCCUGUUGUGUGGGCUUCCCAUGCUCCAUCGGAGCCUAUUUUUUAAAUUCUUUAUAUUAUUUCAACUGUUAUUUUGUGCCUUUUGAGACUUUAUAAAAGCUUUUUUCUCAAAAUUGUGAAGAACAAAACCUAAAUGCGUCCUAUUAUUCCUCUCAACACAACCUUCUCCUGUCAGACUCACUGGUCCCUCAAAGGACCAAGAACUUCAGGGCAAUCACUUUAAGAAAAUAAAUGUUUCUCUCUGUGCGUGGUUGAAUUGCAUACAUCUGCCCCACAGGUGUCAUGCCUUCCUUCCUCUGACUUACAAGACCGCAACAGUUAUGGGAAGCAGGAGCAUGUUUCUACAUGUGAAAGGCCCCUUUGAUGAAUGGUUGCUUGGGGAAAUUACACGAGAGAGCAUUCUUCAGCUAUAGGGACUAAAUUCUAUCCUGAAUGAGCGUUUUUUUGUGUUUUGCUGCAGGGUUACAUGCAUUCUGGGAUGAGACAUCUUAAUGGUUUUACUGCAAAGUCAUUGACUGUUUCGUCUAUGUGUUGGAAAAGUGAGCUUUCUUUAUUUUCUCCUUGACAGCACUGAGCUUAAAGAAACAGCAAAUGGAAGAUUUUGUUUCGCCAAAAUUAUUUCUGUGGAGUGUACUCGCAGUUUAUAUUUUUAUUAGCCCUAAGGAUUUUUGUCAGAAGCAGCUAAGACAUUGAUCCAAUUCAGAUCCCCUCAAGGACAACUCACAUUUACAGUUUGCACUUUACAUAAUUUCCAUGCUUCUGCCUAUUGAGUUGCAUUGUAUGAUAAUGUAGGCUAAUAUUAUUUUAAUAUAACGCCUUUAGUUACAACCCUGGUCAGCUUUAAAGAGCUGAAUGUGGUAUUGGGUAGAUCUGGAUCAUUGGCUACAGUGUAAAUCCAGUAGUGGUUGGGCUCAGAUCAGACAGUGGCCCAUAACAGAAGCAUUGAGGGAACAGAUGUGCUAAUAUAAUUCAUUCGUGUAGCACAUUUAUAUCAUCCAUUUAGGACCAUUCUGCCCAAGCAUUGCUGUAAUGUGUAGGAGCGAUUUUUAAAAGACAUGUUGGAUCUCAUCAAAUCAAAGAUAAAAAAAUAAAACAUAAUGAAAACGAAACAGCUGUUGUUGAAGUUAAUAUAUACAAUUUUAGAAGCAAUACAUAUUUUACAUUUACAUUAAAGACCUUUUCUUUCUUCAUCCAGUAGGUCAACGUUUGAGUCAGUAUGAAUGGACCCUUCAGUCCCCGGCGAGAACCAGCACCUGACCUCUCCUGUUUGCUCCAGUACAGCGAGUGGCUGGCAUUUAGGCAUGAAGCCAGUUUGCUGCCUAUGAAAGAAGAUCUGGCCAUCUGGCUAAACGGAAUCCUUGGUCUGGAUAUAACAGCUGAGAGUUUCAUGGACAGACUGGACACUGGCGUGGUCUUAUGUCAGCUUGCAGAAGAGAUACAAGAGAGGAUGAUUCUAGCCAGCAGUGGAAAGCCCUUCAUUCGGCGUGUGAUUCGCUGGCGUGCUGAUGCAACGCCAGGAUCGUUCUUUGCUCGGGACAAUGCAGCUAACUUCCUGUACUGGUGCUGUAAAAUUGGGGUGGCGCAGUCACAUCUUUUUGAAUCUGAAGAUCUUGUUCUUCAUAAGCAUCCCAGGGAAGUUUGCUUGUGUCUCAUGCAGCUCGGAAGAAUUGCUUCAAAGUAUGGAGUUGAGCCUCCUGCACUUGUAAAGCUGGAGAAAGAGAUCGAAAAAGAGGAAGAUGGGUGUUCGUCUCCAUCCAUGUUCUUUGCCUCACCUCUGCCCUUUCCACCCACUCCACCUCUGUUUUUUCAACCUGAUCCAAACCCCCCUCCCAUCAUUCAAUCAUCUCCUGUCCCCACGUCUACACCACCUGCCUCACAAACUCCAUCCCCUCCCCUGGACCCCCAUCCCUCUCCUCCUUUGCUCCCCACCCCUCCCCCUGACUCAAUUUCCACCCAGUCAAAACCUCACCCUGAUUCCCCCUCUACACCAUCACCUGUUACCACAUCCAUCAAAUCUUCAUCAGCCACACCCACAAAAUGCCAUGCAAAGUUCAACAGAAAAAAGAGCACUGGCAACCUGCUGGACGAUAUUGUAAGACAGAUAUCAGAGGACCCACCAUGCAAAUGUCUAGUCAAAUUCUGCAUUGAGAAGCAGCCCAAAGGCCAUUAUCGUGUUGGUGACAAAGUUCUUUAUGUCAGGAUGUUGAAUGAUAAACAUGCCAUGGUGCGUAUCGGUGGCGGAUGGGAGACAUUUGGUACAUACCUUUUAAAGCAUGACCCGUGCAGGAUGACUGCGAUUGCCCGGCCCGGAAUCAAAACCAGCAAGUCUCCAGUCAAGAGAGAGCUGUCCCGGGACAGUUACCUGGUCGUAGGUACUCACUCCCGCUUCAAGAAGUAACACUUCAAAAACAUUUAAGCAGGUGUGAUCACAUAAAUUCAAGAGAAAAAGCUUUUUUCUGGGAGGAAAGCAGCCCAGGUGGCUUAAAUAUGUAAAUGACCUGUGGUUUCGGUUUAAGAAGGGAACAAUAAAGAAUGUUGAACGAUACUGUACAUUCAGUAUAUUUUUCUUAUAUAGGGUAGAAUUAACAUAUGUUAUCAUAUUAACAUAUUGCCUUUACUUACAGAUAAUUAUAAUUUGUUCACCCCACUUUUAUAAUGUGAAAUUCUAAAAUCAUAAAGGGCAGGAUCUCUGUUAAUGAACAGUUUACUUUUAUAAUCUAAAUGAAUUUACUGUAUUAUCUUAAAUGGAACCUGAAACAUUUCUUCAGGCAUCCUCUAGGUGUUGCCCUGUAUCACAUUAUGAGCUGUAUUUUAGGACUAUGAAUGAAACAACUGCAAUACCAUCCUGUGCUCAGAGGUCUGCAGACAUAAUUGGUGUGCAAACAAACAUAAUCUGCUUACACUUUAUACUUCAAUAAUAUACAUACUACUAUUUUAAGCUCAGGAUUUGCAUUGCAUGUUCUUUCAGUAGCAUAUCAUGCCAAAUUCAAUCUAGUUGUCAGACUCAGAAGAAAAUAU